AUGAACGUUCCGUUGCAAAAUUAUGGAGUUGAAGCGGUUGAACAUGUAUCAAUAGCUUCAAAUGAAUGGUCUAAUCAGAAUAUUAACCCAGAAGAACAAAAUCAAGCGCCCAAUGUCCAGGUUCAAAAAUCAAGCCCGAUGCGCCGGUUACAUUUGGACACUACGAGCAAUCAACCAUACGUUGAUGUGAAUCAUCUUGCACCUGGAGGUGUUGUGCCUUUAAAUCAGGGAAAUUUGGCCUCUACAGUAUCGCAAAAUCAAAUACCGAUCGGUCUGGGACUUAGUCCUCCAACACCAGGUGUAAGCAGUGAUGCAACUGGUUUGACUGGUCCUUCUAUAAAGGGAACAAGUACUUUUCCUGUCAUCGAGCUGACCCAAGCGGCACAUGCGACUACUCCAACUUCGCCGAGCAAUCUGUCGGUUCCAGCCAUGACUCCAAACACCGCAUCUUCAGACAGAACCGAGCACUUGUGUCUUUCGCCGUCAAAAUAUAUCCAGGAGCCCAUGAAACUUUUACCGGAUAUUGGAAACUCCAUUGACGAGCUAGCGGCAGCAGCAGCGGAUGCUCGUGUACAUUUCCAUGGAGGUCGGUUUGAUAUGUGCACAGACAAAAUGGAUACUAUUAAGCAUUUGAUCAGACGUGUUGCCGAAAUGGGCGUAACAGGUCUUUCCUUGUCAAGCGAAAUGCAGCAACAAUGUCGGAACAGUGGUCAACCGCUAUCUUUCAGUGCAUUGGGAACACCUGAGCAGGAACGUGUCAUCAACUCGGCGGCGGCUUUUUCAACAUUGAUUGAUGAUAUCGAGAGUCGGAAGCGGCGCAUGAAGAAUGAAAUCCAAUCAGCUUUACCUAUUAAAUCGCUUUGCAGUGAAAAAACUGGUAUGGGUAUGCGCGCUCGUUCUAGGUCUGAACUAGCCGAGGUUCCCUCGUCUCUAUCAAAUGCUAAUUUAAGCACAACUACAGCGUUUUCUCCAUCCUUACAGUCUGGCGUAUUUGACUUCAGCAUGCCGGCGCCGUCUAGUUUUCCAACAAACCAGAACCUACAACCUUCUGCUCCUUCUUUUGGCUUACAAGAAGCUGCGCCUGUGACUCAUGAUGUUAACUCUUUGCCCACUUCCUCGGACCCUUCCGGGGUGCUCAACAACCACGUUCUACAAAGCAAUUCGCCACAGGCUGUAUUGAACUCAAAGCGACCCUCUGUGAACCCGGAUCAACUCAAUUUUACUUCAACGCCCGUUAAUGAAAGUUCAUUCCAGUCAGCUCCAGACAGUUCUAUUGUAAGCAUUUCAGCAGCCGAAGCGCUUAAAGUGGCACUCAACUCCGGGAAUGGCCCCUCUGAUUCAUGGAAUUUGGAUCCAGCAAAUCCCUUACAACCGUCAGCGCAAAUGAACCCGAUAACAGAAACGCCUGAUCUAUCAUUGGAUCCUAAUGCGUCUGCUGCAAAGGAUGGUGGGCAGGAUGACUGGAGUGAUUGGUCAGGAGAUCGAGCUGCUACGGGUCUGUCUGAACUUUCACCAGAGCUUCGGGCGAAAUUUGAAGCUGUCUUCCAUGAAUUUUUGACCUCUCUUUGCUCGAAUUUGGAAGCUAAAGAUGAGCGUGGCGAACUCAUUCACCAAACUUUGAUGCCCAAAAAAAUGGCACGCCUCGAUGAGUCGCCGGAUUUUCGACCAUUCAAGUUCCGCAUCCAGGCGUUUACAAUGGCGUUUAAAACUGAAUUAAGACGCCGUGGCAUUAGUGAAGAGAGUGCAUCCAUGCGCCGCAUUAAACAAUUCUUAUGGUCUCAUCCUUUCAUUUCACGCUUCAAUGAGGAUGGUAAAAAGGCAAAAUCCAAAGGCAAUCAUAUUUGGAUCAUUCAAGCACGGCGUCUGCCUGCUGGUGGAUGGGAGUUUUUCACAUUCUCGCCAAAGAUCGCCGGUGCUUCGUCCAAGGUGGCUUAUGUGAAUGAACCAUGGACAUGGAAUCUCCGCAUUUGGGAUCCCCAAGCAUCCAGCAUGAACAUCAAGGUGGUCUAUUCAGCUAAUACGAUGCCAUCUUGGCUUCAUUGGGAAGAUAACGAGAAAGUGCUAACAGGUGUACCCACAAGCACAUCGCAGGGAGGCAAUUUGAGUGUAACAGCCUUGUAUGUACAAAAUGGCCAGCUACAUCGUCUGGAACAUUCAUUUUAUCUGCAUGUUAUGAAUCGACCUGACGAGACGGGAUCUGGAGAGCCAUUGCAAUCUAGUGAUGCUUCGCUAUCUGAUUUACCGCUUGAGCCUAAACAUUUAUGCACAUCACCACCACCACCCACAUCGACGUCGGUCACGAUCCCGCCAGUAUCUGGCGAUCCGAAACCAGCUGCUGUAAAUGUGGUGCCGCCGGAGCUUCGUCAUCCCCCUGUCCAAGCACAGCUAUCGGUGAGCCCUUCGCAACCGACCCCUGCUGGUCCCAACAUGCUGGAGUCCCAAACGUAUGAGGUGGUGGAGCCUUCUCGGGCUCAUGAUGUGCUUGCUUCUAUCCCGUACCCUUUUACUCCUCCGGUCUACAUGAACAAGAACGUACAAGCCGCUCAAGGGUUUGAUCCUGCACUAAUACAGCAGCACUAUCCUGAUGUAUCUACCCAAGCACAACCGUCGAUCUCGGAUCCACUGCAUCAGACGGCUAUUUUUGUGGACAAUACUUCCGCAAGUACAGCUCAAACUCCGUCGUUACAUGGCACCUCGCCUGUAUCCACACUUUCUCCCCCUGCGCAGACGCCAGCCACCAUGAGUUUCUCGCCAAAUCAGUCUGAACAUCAGGACUCUCGUCCUUCCAUGCAGCUUUGGAGACUCAUUGACCGACGACAACGUGAACAGGCUUCAUCGUUUAUGUUGCACAUGUUUCAUCGGCCUCAGUCAUUCACGCUGAGCGAGCAUCCGGGGCAGGGAUCUCCUAUGACCAACAUGCCCAAUGACAUUAACGCUUCCCUACCCUCAAUGAAUCCUAGUCACAAUCCCUAA